AUGAAGGUCUCGAGCUUCUUCUCAACCCUCUCCCUCUUCGCAGGCGUUCUCGCCGAGGCCAUCGAGCUCCCCGCCGGUGUUCCUCGCAGCAUUGAAGAGUUCCGCGCCAAGCAUCCCUAUGAACUCCCCGUCAAGAGAAGUCAUCGCAAGGUCUAUACUAUCAGACAUAGCAAGAAUGAUCACGAUGAUGUAUCUUCAGAGUUCUACAAGGGCUUGAAGAAGGCGAAUAAGGGAGGUACGCUGUAUCUUCCCAAGGGUCAGACCUUUGUCAUUGGAAAGCCUCUUGAUCUUACCUUUUUGAAUGAUAUUCAUGUUCAUCUUGAGGGUGAGAUUAAGUUUACCAAUGAUACGGAGUAUUGGCAGAAGAAUGCUUAUAAGCAUCCUUUCCAGAACUCGAUCAUGUUCUGGAAGUGGGGUGGCAAGAACAUCAAACUCUACGGAAAGGGUGUUCUGAACGGUAACGAGUUUGCCGGCAAGGAGAUUCUUGACACUACCAACGCUUAUCUCCGACCUAUUCUGUUCUAUGCUCAGAACGCCACCAACCUGGACAUCCAGGGCGUUCACUUCAAGGACUCUCCCUGCUGGACCAACUUUGUCGUCACCUCCAAGGACAUCUCCUUCAAGGACGUCAUCUGCACUGCUCGCUCCACCAACGCCACUGCUCUCCCCAAAAACACUGACUUCUUUGACUCCCUGAAUGUCGAGAACCUCAAUGUUGAGCGUGCUUGGGUUGACAUUGGCGACGAUUGCUUCUCCCCCAAGAGCAACGCCACCAACGUCCACGUCGACACCAUGUACUGCAACGGUACCCACGGUCAGUCCAUUGGCUCUCUCGGCCAGUACAAGGGCGAGAUGUCUUUCGUCAAGGACGUCGUCAUCGAAAACGUCUGGAUGCUCAACGGCCAGCACGGCGCCCGUCUCAAGACCUGGGCCGGCCCCGACAUUGGCUACGGCUUCAUCGACAACGUGACCUUCCGCAACUUCUGGGGCGGCAACAACGAGUACACCGCCUUCAUCGACUCGUGCUACUUCAACAUCAACGCUACUACCUGCGCCCAGUACCCCUCUCGCAUGAACAUCACCAACGUUCUCUUUGACAACUUUACCGGCUACAGCUCCGGCAAGUAUGGUAAUGCUGUUGCCAGGUUGACUUGCUCGACUAGCAAGGAUGCAGUUUGUGAGAACAUCAAGUUUAAGGAUUUCAACAUCAAGACUCCUUGUGGUGGAGACCCUGUGUUCUUGUGUGAUGGUGUUGAGGAUAUUGGCGUGGAUUGUGUUAGUGCUACUAGUGCGGCGGGUAAGGCUGCUUUGGCGAAUAAGUGUGUUGCGCCUCAGGCUUCUGCAAGCCCUUUCAAGGUUAGAAAGUUCAACGGUUAA